UUAAGGCUGACCCACCCUCUCCACCGAUCGCGGAUCGUACACGCCAGAAAGACAAGCAAAAGGAGACUACGGAUCUUGAACCUGUCAGAGAAGAGGCUUCGAUUCCAGAGGUUAAAGAGCAACUUCAGAGUGUGAUUACAAUGCCCAUGGUGGAAGUAGCAGGGCCGGAUGGAGACCCUAUGUUAGUACACCGUCCGUGGACACUAAAGGACAUUGAGCAUGCUCAUGAGCACCUCCCUGACCCGAGAGAAGGGGGGGGGGGGGGGUUUGGUGUGGAGUUGGAACGUUUCUGCAAAGAAUUUCGUCCCACCUCUCUUGAACUGAGGCGCCUGCUGGGAAGAAAACUAGCAUCUGAGAUAACGCGGAUUCAGUAUGAAUGGCCGGAUGAAAAUCUGUGCAUGAGGCAUCCAGAUCAUGAGAGCGGGAGGAAUGCGACGUACUGUAACUUCGUAACGGAAUUACGUGAAGCGUGUUAUGAAGCCUUUCCAGUGAAGAUGGAUAUGACAAAGAUUGCGCUGUGCAAACAGCAGGACAGCGAGACAGUUGCGCAAUAUCUUCAUCGCCUCACGGAAGUACACAACGUGCACAGCGGCCUUAUUGCCCCCGAGAAUAUGAGUGAGGGGGUAGUGACCGCAUACGAGGCGCAUUUGAGAAACAGUUUCAUGAAUGGACUGAUUCCGGAAAUAUCUGACAAGGUGAAAAACCUAUGCAUCACGUGGGACACUGGAAAGCUGAGCCUUAUCGAACAACAUGCUCUGCAUGCGGAAAAGCUGCUCACGCAAGCCAAGCAAGAUCAGGGAAAAAAGAGAGAAGAACAAACACACAAAGUUCAGCUGACAAUGAUGCAAGCCAUGACGAGAUCUCAGACACAAUGGAGAGGGACCUCCACAUAUCGAGGAAGAGGGCGAUAUCGAGGAAGAGGGAGAGGAAGAGCCAGAAGCGGAAAAGAAAAAGGGGGAGAGAGUGGAUGUUUUGUUUGCGGAGGACAAGAUCACUGGGCAAGGGAAUGCCCUAAGAGACAUGGUGAGGAAACUGCAUGACCAUCAACAUCUCAGGUCGAGGAGGUCAGUCCUGAAGGGAUGGGUGAAGGAAGCACUGCCUAAGGUGACGCAAACAGAUCUGCACAGUCUCAAACCAGGUGACUGGGUGGUGGUUAAGGAUUUCAGGAGGAAAAGCUGGAGAGCCAGGCGGUGGCUGGGACCAUUUCAGGUACUUCUGACCACGCAGACUGCAGUGAAGGUUGCAGAAAGAGCAACGUGGAUUCACGUUAGCCACUGUAAGCGGGUUCCUGAGCCAGAGGAAAAACCAACACCCGACAGCUGCAAAGAGGAAUGAGAAGGGGCAUCAGGGCACACGGUGACGUGCUAGUAACCUCUCCCGUGAGCUCCAACUGACUUUCCACGACGCGUAUAGUGUCUGAGUCAGAAGAAAACCCUGAUACAACGCAGCAGCCGACACCGAGAAGGAGCAGCGUCAUCUGAAGGAGUAACAUCGACACACACACACACACGAAUGUAAACACAAA